CAACAGAAGAUAACACAAAUGAACAGAUUUGGGCAGCAGAUCCUGUUUAAAAAAAUAAAUAAAAAAAAAUCUGUUAGUCUACCCUAGAAUGGCAUGUGCGUGGGACUUUCAGUUUCGUGUGCUGUUACUGGGGGACUCUGGUGUGGGGAAGACUUCCCUCCUGAGGAGAUACACAGAUGAAGACUUCACAGACACUACAGGGCCAACUGUAGGUGUAGAUUUCUGCUCCCGAAUAGAAGAGCCUGAGACUGGUGUUAAAGUCAGACUGCAGUUCUGGGACACAGCAGGACAGGAGCGUUACCGGGCAGUGACACGCUCCUACUACAGGAAUGCUGCUUGUGUUAUCCUUCUCUUCGAUCUCACUGCACAGAAAUCCUUUGAGCAUAUAGAAAGUUGGUAUAAGGAAGUAACAGAGCGUACUCAGCCCCAGCCUCUACUCUUCUUGCUACUGGGAACUAAAAGUGACAUGCAGCAGCAGCGCAGUGUAACCCGAGAGGAGGCACAGACUUUGGCAGACUCCAUAAAGGCUCCGUAUCUAGAGACAUCUGCAAGAACUGGCAGUAAUGUUUCUGCAGCACUCUCCCUGCUAUGCCGAGAGCUGCUCCGAGCUGCGACAGAAGAGAACCAGUCACCAGUGGAGCACAGCAGCGGAGGAUGCUCAGUAGGGGAGGUGACAAAGGAAAGGAAGAACAUACUAUGUACAUGUUGAGAAUACAAAUGAAGCCUGCAGGAGCCAGUACAGCAUUACAGGUGAUGCCUCAUCUCAAGACUGAACAAUGGGUACUUUUACUUUUUUACAGUAAUCUAUAAAUGCAUGGACUCAUCUGCCUUCCAUAUCCACUUAAAAUCUUUACUUUGGAUACACUAGAAGAGAACAGUUCAUCCUGGGACAGUGCAAGAUAAUGCUAUGGAUCAUGUACGGAGAAGAUCUAGAUAACUGAAGAUAUUAGUAAUGCUUUAAUAUAAGACAAUGGGGUUGAGGAUAUAAGACAGAUUGCACACAAUAUUAUCAGUGACUGAAAUACAUGAGGAAAUAUGGUUUUAUUCAGUAAUUAUACAAAACAAUGGUCCACUAAGGCACAUUAAAAAUCCUGUUGUUCCACCUGGUACACAAGUAUAUGAAAUAUUUUGGGGGUAUCUUGCGCAUUUGACCUGCAUUUAGUGUUAUAGUCUUAGAGCUUGUUAUAACUUGAUACGGACUGAUUUUGUAAAGUGUCAGUGACGAUCCUGUUACCUGUUUG